AUGUUUUACAGGCAACAAGAUGAAUACCUUCUUAAAACUCAUCAAUCGGAAGGAUCAAAAUUUCCAACACUGGUUGUUUUUAGUGCGAAAUUGAUUGAGCACUAUGAUAUUUCUGGUUUAUAUAUUCUGAGACCAUCGGCAGUGGAAAUAUGGGAGACUUUGCAAGCUUUUUUUGAUUCAGAAAUAAAGAAAAUGAAUGUUGAGAACUGCUACUUCCCCAUGUUUGUGCUAGACUCUCAUUUGAAAAAGGAAGAGGCUCAUAACAGUGGUUUUAAACAAGAGGUUGCUUGGGUAACAAAGUCUGGACAGUCUGAUUUGGAAGCUCAUCUUGCUCUUCGUCCAAGUAGUGAAACUAUCAUGUAUCCCUAUUACUCUAAGUGGAUAAGGGGACAUCGUGACUUGCCUUUGAAACUUAAUCAAUGGUGCAAUGCUGUUAGAUGGGUGGUCGGAGAUCCCACACCGUUCAUCAGGAGUCGUGAGUUUCUUUGGCAAGAAGGUCACGGUGCUUUUGCAACAGAGGAUGAAGCACAUGCAGAGGCUCUUGAGAUAUUGGAAUUAUAUAGGCGUAUAUACGAAGAGUAUUUGGCCGUUCCUGUCAUAAAGGGUACAAAAAGUGAAAUGGAGACAUUUGGCGGUGCAAUUUACACCAACACUGUUGAGGCAUUUAUUCCAAACACUGGUUGUGGGAUACAAGGUGCAACUACCCAUUGCUUGGGACAAAAGUUUGCUGAAAAGUUCGAGGUAAAAUUUGAAGAUAAGAAGGGAGAGAAAGCAAUGGUUUGGCAGAACUCAUGGGGCUAUUCUACUCGAACUAUUGGAGCAAUGGUGAUGGUUCAUGGCGAUGACAAGGGAUUGGUGCUACCUCCUAAAGUAGCAUCAACUCAAGUCAUUGUGAUUCCAGUGCCUUACAAAGAUGUUGAUACUCAAGGAAUCUAUGACACUUGUAAAGCAACUGUGAAUAUGCUGUGUGAAGCAAAAAUACGUGCUGAGUUAGAUUCUAGAGAUAGCUACUCUCCUGAAAAGAAGUAUUCUGAAUGGGAAAUGAAAGGCGUCCCUCUAAGGAUUGAAAUUAGGCCAAUGGAUUUAGAAAAUAAACAGGUUCAAAUAAAUCACUUCAAUUUUGCACAGGUUUGUGUUGUUCGACGUGAUAAUGGAGCAAAGAUUCACAUUGCUAAUGCUGAUUUGGUUGAAGAAAUUAGAAAGUUCCUCAAUAAUAUUCAACAAAAUAUGUUCGAUGUUGCAAAACAAAAACGAGAUGAAUGUAUUCAAGUCAUACAUACGUGGGAGGAGUUCAAAGAAGCUUUGAAUCAAAGAAAGAUGAUCUUAGCUCCUUGGUGUGAUGAGAAGGAUGUGGAAUUAGAUGUCAAAAGAAAGACAGAGAAUGAGAUGGGACCAGCAAAGACUCUCUGUAGUCCCUUUGAUCAGCCAGAACUCCCAGAAGGCACCAAGUGCUUUAAAUCGGGUAAGCCUGCAAAGAAGUGGACAUACUGGGGCCGAAGUUACUAGGCGUUGCGUUGAUAAAAAAGAAUUAGAAACUGUUUGAGUUUAAAAAGAUCUUUUAGUUAAUUUAUUUAUAAAGCUGUUUUAAUUUUACUUUUAAAUUAGCUUUUGGAGGAGGUUUCAAAUAUAGUCU